AUGGCCAACGAAGCAUUUACUGUCUCACGGGAUAAGUUACAUGGACCCAGAGACAGCACCAUCCUCAUUACAGGAGGCUGCUCAGGCAUUGGACUUCAGACGGCCAUCCUACUGCACGACCUGGGCAACAAUGUUGUCGUGGUGGAUAGAGCACAACCACAUCCUUCAGCACCGGCAGCACUACUGUCUUCGCCACGGUUCCUAUACCAGAAGGCUGACAUAACAGACUGGAAGUCUCAACGAGCUGCAUUUGAAGCUGCGGUCGAGAAAUUCGGGUCAAUCGAUGGGGUGUUUGUGAAUGCCGGCAUCGCCGAGUACAAGGAUCAGUUUUUCAAGGACGAACUGGACGAUGAUGGGCUGCUCAAAGAACCAGACAAAAGGGUUUACGAUAUCGACAUGAAUGCGGCAAACGACACGGCGAGGUUGGCCAUCUACUACCUUCAAAACAAGAAAUCCGGACAGAAGAAGGGAGGCAGCAUUGUUAUGACCGCGAGCCUGGCGGGGUAUCUGGCCAGUGCCGGCGCUCCCCAGUACAGUGCUGCAAAGCACGGCAUUGUCGGUCUCAUGCGAGCAUUGAAAAACGACACUGCGAAGCUUGGAAUCGCUGUCUCCGUGGUCGCCCCUGGAAUCACAUUGACAGACAUCAUAUCGGGGCGAAGCCCCGGAGAAUCGCUGCAAGAUUGGGCGAUUAGAAUGAGAGGACAGGGGGUUCCGAUCAACGAUCCAGGAGAGAUCGCCGACGCAGUGGUCUAUCUCAUGAGCGAAGGGAUCAAAGCCAACGGCAAGGGACUGCUCAUCCAAGCAGGCCGGGUCGCCGAUCUCGAGUUCGGUAUCGCGAAGACCAGAAAACUUUGGAUGGGUGAGGAGAUGCUACGAUUGUUCCGUGGUGGGAGAGAGGCUCCUCUAUUUCCCAACAAGCUGUAG